AUGCCAAAGGUCCUGGCCUACACGCCCGACUGGCUCAGCCGGCCAAACCCAGGCUAUCAUCUGUUUGCGCCGACACAGACGAAUGGCAAUGGCGUGGUAGCUACACGACGAUCGGAGCAGCCUGGACCGCGCAAAACGAUCGCUACAAGAGCAUCCGAGAUCUUUGUGGCUGUUGGAAACGAGAUUCGCUGGGCGGAUUUGGCCAACCUCAAGGAAGGCAUUCAGCCCGCAUACCGGACCCUCCGAGUCUCGAUACCGUUACCAAUUACGCGUCUCGUCAUUUCACCGGACCAAGACUACCUCGCCGUCUCUACUUCGCAUACAGUACACGUCAUCCUCCUUCCCGACUCGUCUCUACUCGAAGCCGGUGAAGACGAUGGCCCGCUGAAGCCAAAGACGUUCCAACUAGGACCGACCAUUCACGUCCUGGAGGAGUCACCCGUCGCGACAACAGUAUGGCAUCCUUUGGGCUAUCACGGCCGGUGUCUCGUCACCAUCACAAAGGCGGGAGUCGUACGUCUGUGGGAGAUGAACCGCGCUGACAGGUCCUCGUUCAGUGAACCCUCGCUCUCAAUUGAUCUGCCAAAGCUGGCAAAUGCGACAAGCGACAGGGAUGAUUUGAGUGCCUCCAAGUUUGGAGCAUCGAAGGGCUUCUCCCCGGAUUCCGUGGAGCUUGAAGUAGCAUCCGCUUGUUUUGGCGACUUUCCAGAGCAAGAAGGCGUCCACGGAUGGGCACCCAUGACUCUAUGGAUCGCCACGGUAUCCGGAGACGUGUAUGCUCUGUGUCCCUUGCUGCCGAGAAAGUGGCAGCUGGUCGAGUCACCCGGGAGCCACACAUUCCUUCAAACCCUAGCCUCCUCGAUCAACAUCUAUGACGCCGAAAUCUCCGACAACGACGACGCACCCAGGCACGACGUCGUGACGUCGGAGAAGCAAAUUAAGUGGCUCUCUGACAUCCUGUAUGAGGAGCCACACGUAGAGGAGAGACCGAGUGGUGAUUCGGUCAAGGUCUUUGCACGUCCAGCAAGCGUUCCCACCGUCCCGUUGCUGCAGGGACCAUUCACCAUUGCACCAGAAGUUGAUGACUUUGAGCUCAGCGACAUGAUUGUCUUUUCCCUCAAGAACAUGUCUGAAGUCGAUGAUGAGGACGACGAGGACGAAGCAGGAGAAUAUGUUGCGGAAGGUCUACCGACUGCUAUUGUAUGCUUGCUCACUGAUACUAGCGAAAUCCACGUCUGCUUGGAUGUCGAGGGUAUCGUUGGACGAUGGCUGCCUUCUCUUGAGGAUGAGAUUGAUGUGCCAGCAACAACCGAGCAUGCGCUCAUCCUUGCGGAAACCAUCGCUCUGGUAGAGGGUGGUGAAUCUUCCUUCAGCCAGAGCAUCACACCAGAUGUACAUACGGACUUUUCAUUCUUCGUCUCACACGCCAGUGGGGUUUUCUACGUGUCAAUGGAGCCGUGGAUUAGGAACGUAGAGAAGGAGCUAUCCCAACCGCAAACACUGGGCUCGCCUUUCCGUCUGGACAGAGUACUGGAAGCGGCGAACACUUCAGUAGAACGAUGCCUACAGCGGCGCGUCAACGGCGAUGUGGCCGAACAAGAAGUCACCUCGGCUGCUGUCAUCGAAGAUGGAAACAUUGGAUACAUCCUGCUCACUACCGUCGAUGGCGAACCACAAGCAGUGCUGCUCGAUGCACCAGAAGAUGAUGUUAUUUCCCAGGAGGAGUUGGCUAGGUAUAUGACCCUUUCCAGUCCUAACACGGAAGUGCGUGCAGCCUGGCAACCCCCGAAGGAACUGUACCAACAAGUUGAUUUGUUUGGAUCCAUCAAGAUUCCUGCGCGGCACAAAGCGUUACUGAAGGAUGAAAUCAGGCUGUCACCUGCAAAUCUUGGCCUACUCAUGGACAUCCACCGCGUGCUUUCUGCGCAGACAUCGAAGCUCCAACACGCAGUAUCGGACUUGUUCAACCGCGCAACACGACUCCAGGAAGAGUUCAGGGACCAAAUGUACAGAACUUCGGGCAUUGCGGCCAACAUUAAGAAAGUCACCGGUAACGACGAGGACGGCUCGGAUGAUGGGUCAUCCUACGAUGUCAACAAGAUCGAUGUCCGCAUUGACAACGCCAAAGCACGACAAGACCAGCUCAAUGCUCGCUACGAAGCUCUCCGACGUAGGAUGAUUAGUGUGGGCACCAGUCAACUCAGUGAAAAGGAGAGCAACUGGAUCGAGGAGUUACAAAUCAUGGACAGCUCAGUCGACCCUUCAAGCAACACUCUAAGUGGCGACAUUGAUGGAAGCGACCACCCAGCAUGGCAGCGUCUGAACCGCAUCAAGGAAGAGCAAAAGGCUCAAGCACAGAAGAUUGAAGAAGCCCUGAACUCUGUCAAGCUGCUAGGAAACGGCGAGCAGACGCCGCGCAGCGCCGUCAAAGUACCAAGCUAUUCUAGAAAAGCGGAGAAUGAACAGGUGCAGGAACUCAUACAAAGGAACGACAUGCUCGUCGAAGCUGCCGUGGACAGACUAAGGAGGCUGGGUAUAAAUAUCCCUGUUGAAACGGGAAGCUGAGUGUUUGUAAGCAAGGGUAUCCAUAUAGUAGCAUGUAGCUGUAGCUGACCCGUUGAUGGCUGAUUGAUGAGUUGAAACGAUUGCAGAAAGACGCAUUGCUGCAAGACAUAGCCACACACACGUGCUGAUUGAACUACAUAUAACGUC